AUGGUGCAAGGACAAGUUUGGAAGGCAUGUGGGGACCCCAAAGCCAAACCAUCCUAUCUUAUUGACAAAAACCUGGAAUCUGCUGUCAAAUUCAUAGUCAGGAAAUUCCCAGCAGUAGAAACACGCAACAACAAUUCCCUUUCAGAUGCUCUGAUCUCACUCCAGAUGGUCUAUCCUCGAAGAAAUCUCUCAGCUGAUCAGUGGAGAAAUGCACAACUACUGAGCCUCAUCAGUGCCCCCAGCACAAUGCUUAAUCCUGCACAGUCUGACACAAUGCCAUGUGAAUACCUCUCUCUGGAUGCAAUGGAAAAAUGGAUCAUUUUUGGAUUUAUUUUGUGCCAUGGAAUCCUAAAUAGUGAUGCUACAGCUUUGAACCUUUGGAAACUUGCACUUCAAAGCAGCUCUUGCUUGGCCCUCUUCCGAGAUGAAGUGUUCCACAUUCACAAAGCUGCAGAGGACUUGUUUGUAAAUAUACGAGGUUACAACAAGCGUAUUAAUGACAUCAGAGAGUGCAAAGAAGCUGCUGUUUCACAUGCCGGUUCAAUGCACAGAGAGAGACGCAAGUUUCUGCGUUCGGCGCUCAAGGAACUGGCGACUGUCCUCUCUGACCAGCCAGGCCUGCUGGGUCCCAAGGCACUUUUUGUAUUUAUGGCUUUGUCCUUUGCUCGUGAUGAAAUUAUUUGGCUGCUUCGUCAUGCAGAUAAUAUGCCAAAGAAGAGUGCAGAUGAUUUCAUAGAUAAACACAUAGCUGAGCUGAUAUUCUACAUGGAGGAGCUCAGAGCUCACGUGCGGAAAUACGGGCCUGUGAUGCAAAGAUACUAUGUGCAGUAUCUCUCUGGCUUUGAUGCAGUGGUCUUGAAUGAGCUUGUUCAGAAUCUUUCCGUGUGCCCAGAGGAUGAGUCAAUUAUCAUGUCCUCUUUUGUGAACACAAUGACUUCACUAAGUGUGAAACAAGUUGAAGAUGGAGAGGUAUUUGACUUCAGGGGAAUGAGAUUAGAUUGGUUUAGAUUGCAGGCCUACACCAGUGUUUCUAAAGCUUCACUUGGUCUUGCAGACCACAGAGAACUAGGAAAAAUGAUGAACACAAUCAUUUUCCACACAAAAAUGGUAGAUUCUUUGGUAGAGAUGUUGGUGGAAACCUCGGAUCUUUCUAUAUUUUGUUUUUAUAGUCGUGCUUUUGAGAAGAUGUUUCAGCAGUGUUUGGAGCUUCCCUCUCAGUCGAGAUACUCAAUUGCAUUCCCGCUGCUUUGUACUCACUUUAUGAGCUGCACCCAUGAGCUAUGCCCAGAAGAGAGACAUCAUAUUGGAGAUCGUAGCCUGUCCUUGUGUAACAUGUUCCUGGAUGAAAUGGCCAAGCAGGCGCGCAAUCUUAUCACAGACAUUUGCACGGAGCAGUGUACGCUGAGUGAUCAGUUGCUGCCAAAGCAUUGUGCCAAAACCAUCAGUCAAGCAGUGAACAAAAAGUCAAAAAAACAGACUGGAAAGAAAGGAGAACCUGAAAGGGAGAAACCGGGAGUAGAAAGCAUGAGGAAAAACAGAUUGGUUGUGACCAACCUGGACAAACUGCACACUGCGCUUUCUGAGCUCUGCUUCUCCAUCAAUUACGUACCAAACAUGGUGGUUUGGGAACACACGUUUACGCCGAGAGAAUAUUUAACAUCUCACCUGGAAAUCCGUUUUACCAAGUCAAUUGUUGGAAUGACCAUGUAUAAUCAAGCAACACAGGAGAUUGCAAAGCCUUCAGAGCUGUUAACCAGUGUCAGAGCCUACAUGACAGUCCUGCAAUCAAUAGAAAAUUAUGUACAGAUCGACAUUACACGAGUGUUUAACAAUGUUCUGCUUCAGCAAACCCAGCAUUUAGAUAGUCAUGGGGAGCCAACCAUUACCAGUCUGUACACAAACUGGUAUUUGGAAACCUUGCUACGACAAGUCAGCAAUGGUCACAUAGCCUAUUUUCCAGCCAUGAAAGCAUUUGUGAAUUUGCCUACAGAAAAUGAAUUGACAUUUAAUGCUGAGGAAUACUCUGACAUAUCAGAAAUGAGAGCCCUUUCUGAACUUCUGGGACCAUAUGGCAUGAAGUUUCUAAGUGAAAGUCUGAUGUGGCACAUUUCCUCACAGGUUGCUGAGCUGAAGAAACUUGUGGUGGAGAACGUUGAAGUUCUAACACAAAUGAGGACCAGCUUUGACAAGCCAGACCAGAUGGCAGCACUCUUUAAAAGAUUAUCAUCUGUUGACAGUGUUUUGAAGAGAAUGACCAUUAUUGGUGUUAUCUUGUCCUUUCGGUCGUUGGCACAGGAAGCACUUAGAGAUGUAUUAUCCUACCACAUUCCUUUCCUUGUAAGUUCUAUUGAGGACUUCAAAGAUCACAUUCCAAGAGAGACUGACAUGAAGGUGGCAAUGAAUGUAUAUGAACUGUCAUCAGCUGCUGGACUGCCGUGUGAGAUUGAUCCUGCUUUGGUUGUAGCACUGUCUUCCCAAAAAUCAGAAAACAUUAGCCCAGAAGAAGAAUAUAAAAUUGCUUGCCUUCUCAUGGUCUUCGUGGCAGUUUCCUUGCCGACUUUGGCCAGUAAUGUGAUGUCCCAGUACAGCCCUGCCAUUGAAGGGCACUGCAACAACAUCCAUUGUUUGGCAAAAGCCAUCAACCAGAUUGCUGCAGCUUUGUUCACCAUCCACAAGGGAAGCAUCGAAGACCGUCUUAAGGAAUUUCUGGCUCUUGCAUCAUCUAGUCUAUUGAAGAUUGGCCAGGAGACAGACAAAACUACUACAAGGAACAGAGAAUCAGUUUACCUCCUCCUAGACAUGAUUGUGCAGGAGUCUCCUUUCCUGACAAUGGAUCUCUUGGAGUCUUGUUUCCCUUACGUCUUGCUGAGGAAUGCAUACCAUGCUGUCUACAAACAAAGUGUCACAUCCUCUGCCUAAGUAUCUACUCACUGGAGCUCAGACAUAGCACGCAUCUACGUGGCCUCAGUUUUAUCUGUAAACUGUGGAGCUAUUUUACUUUAUGGCCUGAUGAACAGUUUUGUGGAUUAUAAACUUUUUUCAUCAAGUUGUAUUUCUGAUCAGUGGUUUCCUAAUAUGGUUGUACUACAAUAUAAGCUUGGUUGAAUUUAGGUUGCACAUUCAUGGAAAACCUUUUUUCUCAUUUCUUCCUUAUUUUAUUUUAGAGCAUCAGUUAUGUUUAAAAAGAUACUACUUCUGCUACAUGUUUUUGAUAUUGAUCAUGCAAAAGGAAAAUUGCUUGUUUAUUUCCAGAAGAAAAAUGUAUUUAGUGAUUAUUUUAGAUAGCGUAGCUUUCAUCUGUGUGUAAAUUAUUUCAUAUAGGGAGAGUUAUAAUCUUGUACCUAUUGUUCUUAUUGAAAACAAAUACUGGAUGUGCAUUUCUGUGAAGUAAUGACAGCAUUUCUAGUUUUAUUUUGAAAUACUCACCAAUCUAUGUGCUCUGACACUUAUCUAACAUUUACAAUGUUAUAGGUCUGCUUCUCCCUCAGACAUCGAUCCUCUCCUGAUGCUCUUAAACAACAGCAAGUGGUGUUGUUUGUAUAAAGCAUAGUGGAAAUUUUUUUAAAACUAACUUCUGUGGUGCCCUGUUGGCAUUAACACUACCAUUGUACCCUGCUGUAUAAUAAACAUUCUUACACACUUAUCACAUGUUGAUAAAAUGUUAGCCCUUAACCACUUUUGAUAUGUUUUAAAUUUUUGAAAUUCAAGUGUACCUUCCAUAACAUCCAAUAAACACUAGACUGUAUUAUCUGUAGGUGAAUUAUUUUUAAUAUAAAUGUUAUCAUAGUAUUUUAAGCUUAAACUGUGCUGUUGCACAUUGAUUUACUUCUCACAGUUCAUUAAAUAUCAAACCUU